AUGCCAUUGUCCGGAAAGAGAGCUAGAAUAGAUUUGCUCAGUAGCUCCCUGACAAUUCGCGAAUUAAACGAUCUUUACCAACGCGUAAAGCCCUUUCUUAGCAAUGACACUUUUCUUUGUAACCAGCUAAUAGAGAAGUACGGCAAGUGUGGCAGCGUGGAAGGGGCGAGACGAGUUUUUGAUGCCAAUGUCUGCAAAGAUUCCUUCUCUUGGGCGCUCAUGGCGGCGGCAUAUACUCGGAACGGGCAUCUCACAGAUGCGGAGCUCCUCCUGGAAAGCAUGCCUGAGAAUAAUGUAGUGGCGUGGAAUGUGAUCCUUAAAGAAUAUGCCCGAUCCGGGCAUAUGGACAAGGCAAGAGAUUUACUCCACUCUUUGCCGGUUGUUAAUGCACAUUCCUGGAACACUGUAAUUUCGGGAUAUGCAAAGCAUGGGUUCUUGCAAGAGGCAAAAGAAUUAUUUCGCAUACUUCCAGUAAAAACUCUUGUUUCUUGGUCUUCUAUGAUAAUCGCAUAUGCCUUAAGCGGGCAUCUCGAGUACUCUAAGCAAAUUUUUGUGAAUAUUCCGCAACGGGAUUUGAUUUGCUGGUCGUCCAUGCUCGAUUCAUACGCCCAAGCGGGAUAUGUUUUAGAUGCCAAGAGGAUCUUUGACGAGAUGCCCGAGUGGAACGUUUUUGCAUGGACGUCCUUACUAACUGCGUAUUCCCACACCGGGAACGUUGAGAAAUCCAAGAAAAUCUUUGAUAGCAUGGAACAGAGGAAUCUUGUGUGUUGGAAUGCCAUGUUGGCAGCAUAUUCGUUCACGGGAUACGUGAGUGAGGCAAAGCAGGUGUUUAAUUUCAUGCCAGAGCACGACCUUGUGUCGUGGAGCUCCAUACUUUGCGCAUACGUCCAGAAUGGCCUCAUUGACCAGGCCAAACAAGUCUUUGAUUCCAUGCCACAGCAGAAUCUCGUAUCUUACAGCUCUAUGCUGGCGGGAUAUGCCCAGAACGGGCAUCUUGAUCUUGCGAGAGCGAUGUUUGACGAGAUGCCACAGUGGAAUAUUUUCUCGUGGACUUGUAUGAUAGCUGCAUACGGCCAAUGCGGCGCGACGACAAAAGCAAAGGCCAUGUUUGAUAGUUUGUUGGAGAAGAACCACGUCUGCUAUACGUCAAUGAUAACGGCAUAUUCUCAAUCCGGGCAUCUUGAAGCUGCAAGGCAUCUGUUUGAUGCGAUGCCAUGUCACGAUGCGGUGGCGUGGUCUGGGCUUAUAGCUGGGUAUGCUCAACAUGGAUAUACCGAAGAAGCUAAGAAUCUUCUUUCCAUGCUUCCUGUUCCAUGCUCUGCUGCCGAGAAUGCUGUACUUGUGGGAUACACCACGUACGGCUACUGGUAUGAAGUCAAAAGAAUGUUCGAUUCGAUCUUAGUGAAGGAUAUUUUCUCUUGGAGCAUCAUGUUGGCCGCAUUUGCAAAGAAUAGCUGCAUCCAUGAAGCAAGAAAAUUGCUAGAUACCAUGCCAGACGCAAACCUUGUAUCAAGGAACUCGAUGCUCGCAGCAUAUGCCCAAAAUGGGCACGCGCUUGAAGCCAGAGAAGUGUUUGAUGAAAUCAAGACAGUGUUUAUGCCCGACGAAGCCAGUUUCACGUCACUGCUAGUCGCCUACAUUCACAAGGGAGACGUGGCCAAUGGGAGGCCGUGCUUUCUAUCAAUGACUGUGGAUUACUCCGUACAAGCUACCAAGCAACUGUACGGCUGCAUGCUGGGCUUGCUGGGACGGGCAAGAUACCUGGACAGCGCACGGGACCUCCUCGUGAAUAUGCCUUUUGUUCCAGACGCGGUGGAUUGGACGAGCUUCCUCUCGGCUUGUAAGAGCCACAACGAUAUAGAGAACGGGGCCUUUGGCACGAGGCAUAUUCUCGGCUUGCAUGGAAGAGAUUCGGCCGCGUUUGUAUUGCUCGCAACGAGCUGUGAAGAAAAUGCGUUGAUAGGAAGUAAGCUUGGUUCUAAGGAAUCGAACUCGUGA